GCUACGGCUUGGCUUCUCGACCCCUGGGCUGGCGGCGGAGGCCUGCCCGAUGCCCGGGCCUGCAGCGCUGAGCGCCGCGGCGGCGGUGGCACUGGUGGCCGCCCUGCUGCUGGCGUGGCGUGAGGAGGCGGGGCCGGGGACCGGCCCCAGCAAACCCAAGCUGCCGAAGCUUCGGGAAGACUUCAAGAUGCAGAAUAAAUCCGUCUUUAUCCUGGGCGCCAGCGGGGAAAGUGGCAAAGUGCUGUUAAAAGAAAUCCUGGAACAGAACCUGUUUGCCAGAGUCACUCUGAUUGGCCGGAGGAAGCUCACCUUUGAGGAAGAAGCAUAUAGAAACGUGAAUCAAGAAGUGGUGGACUUUGAAAAAUUGGAAGACUAUGCUUCUGCCUUCCAAGGUCAUGAUGUUGGAUUCUGUUGCCUGGGUACCACCAGAAGCAAAGCUGGUGCGGAGGGAUUUGUUCGUGUUGACCGAGAUUAUGUGCUGAAGUCUGCAGAGCUGGCAAAAUCUGGAGGGUGCAAACAUUUCAAUUUGCUGUCUUCUAAAGGAGCUGAUAAGUCAAGCAAUUUUUUAUAUUUACAAGUUAAGGGAGAAGUAGAAGCCAGGGUUGGAGAAUUACAGUUUGAUCGCUACUCCAUAUUUAGACCUGGAGUUCUGUUAUGCAAUAGGCAAGAAUCUCGCCCAGGUGAAUGGUUGAUUAGGAAGUUCUUUGGCUUCUUACCAGACUCUUGGGCCAGUGGGCACUCUGUGCCUGUCUUGACUUUGGCUAGAGCAAUGCUGAACAACAUGGUGAGACCAAGUGACAAGCAGAUGGAAAUUCUGGACAACAAGGCCAUCCACGACCUGGGGAAAGCUUAUGGUGUUCUCAAGCCAUGACCACACUGGAGAAGCACUUUUGACUGCAGACCUCAACAUCUAUCACUAAAUCUGUAAUUUCAUGGCCUUGAAAGAAUUUGUGUGCUUUUCCUUGGUUGUUUGACUAUUCUCAGCCACACAGAUCCAAUCAGGACAUGACUUUGCUCUGUAUUGGUGGCUUAUGGCCUGAUUAUACAUGUGGAUCACUCAGGAAGCUUUUGAAAAAUGAGAUUUAUAGGCCCUGUUUCAAAUCUUCUGAAUCAGAAUGUGGGGGAUGUGGGCAUAGGAAUCUGUGGUUUUAUUUUGCUUAAAAUUCCUCUGAUGGUUAUGGGAGAGAGCUUUGAGACACUCCUCUGCAAUCACAACAGCAGUGUAACCCCUAUGUGCCAUGCAGACGAAUGCUGUGGUAAAACUUGACAUUUUUGUUCUAAUUAAUAGCAUAUAACUGAGUAAGUGAACACUAUGCCUUUACUACUACUUUAAAUAUAUAAUAAAAAAUUAACAGUUUAUAUAGUUCAUGGGAGAAUUAAAUAGGGCAAUGAAAAUAAAUGCACAAAUCCUGGGUGCCUCUUCAAUGGUUUGAAAAUAUUAGUUGUAUUAGUGGUGAUGGGCAGCUUUUGGGCCAAUGCAGUGAUAUAAUAACAGCUAUCAUUUAUCAAGUGCUGGCUAUGUUCCAGUCCUUACAUAUAUCAUCUAUGCUUUAACCUUCCAAACAAUCCUUAUAAAAUGAUAUUGUCCAUUAUCACCUUUUCUCCUUUUUUUUUUUUUAAAUUCUUAUAUCUUAGAUGGGGAAACUGAUGCCUUAUUUAGGGAUCCACAGCUGAAGACCUAAAACUAGGAAAUGGCAGAGUCAGGAUUCUAACCCAGCUCAGCCUAUUAACCACUCAACAAAAGAAUCCCRUGUCUGUAUAUUUCCAGGUGGUUCCAAUGAAUUGUUAGUACAUGUCAUGGAUGAAUAAAGUUGAAAUAUUUGGGUUCUUCA